UCGAAACUGAAGACCACAAUCGAAAGAAAUCCUCCCGCGAGACGAUCAAUUAGACGGCGAGCUUUCAGAUUCCGAUCAGCCGUUGCAGUUCUUAUUUGAAUUCGGCGCAUCUUUUUUCGAAGAGCUUCAGAGGCAAGUAGUGAAGCCAUGGGUCGACCUCCCAGCAAUGGCGGCCCUGCCUUUCGCUUCACCCACGCCGAGGUUGCGGAGAUGGAAGCAAUUCUGCAACACCACAAGCAAGUAAUGCCAGCUCGUGAGGUUCUUGUGGCUCUUGCUGAGAGGUUCAGUGAAUCUCCAGAGCGAAAAGGGAAGAUCUCGGUGCAAAUGAAGCAGGUAUGGAACUGGUUCCAAAACAGGCGUUAUGCUAUAAGAGCCAAACAAAGCAAGUCGCCAGCAAAGUUAAAUAUAACACCAGUGCAACGGGAUGAUCUACAUACAAUUAAAAAUGUUCCACAACCUGUAGCUACUCCUGCGUCUAUUCAUGCAACUACUAGCAUGGCUGCUCCUUCAGCUUUGCCUUUUCUUUGCACAGUUUCAAUUCCAGGAAGGGUGACUCCAGAAAAUACGUACAUGGAAUUUGAAGCCAAAUCUGCUAGAGAUGGUGCAUGGUGGUCCUUUAACAAUUUGCUCUCUCAUUUGAUACUGCUUGGGGAAUUUCAGGAAGUACUGGUUCGUUUUUCUGGUUUUGGACCAGAUGAGGACGAGUGGCUCAAUGUUCGCAAGAGUGUAAGGCAGCGUUCCCUCCCAUGUGAAGCAUCCGAAUGCGUUGCGGUUCUUCCUGGAGACCUAAUUCUAUGUUUCCAGGAAGGCAAAGAUCAAGCACUAUACUACGAUGCACAUGUUCUUGAUGCACAAAGAAGACGACAUGAUGUAAGAGGUUGUCGUUGUAGGUUUUUGGUGCGUUAUGAUCAUGAUCAAUCUGAGGAAAUCGUGCCUCUCAGAAAAGUUUGCCGAAGACCUGAAACUGAUUACCGAUUGCAACAACUUCACGCAGCAACAGAAUCAUUAAGUCACGACCAGCAGAAAGCCGGUGGAGAUCAAUCUAGUACUAGUGGCAUCCAAAAGACCUCUGCGACUACCACAGAAGCCAUGCCAAAGCCUAAUACUACCUUCACAGCUACCAAAAUCGCAAUGGAACCAAAACCCGUCGAAAGCAGCAGCAGCAACAUCAUGGUGAAUGCUGUAAAACCCGGGCUGGUCCCUAACCCUAUUGUUUCUGUACCGGCAACCGGCUUAACUGCUCAGAGCAUUCCUCCUGGUGUCUCCAGUUAGGAGUUGCUUGCAAGAGUGGCAUUGAUGUAUUUGGUCUAACAUUUUCUCUUACCUCCUUCCGUUCUCAUGCUCUCUCCCCUGCAACCUAAUAUAGAGAAUGUGUUGUCGUAUAGAGAAUGCUAGUUUUUAGCUUUGUAUUACAUUUCUUGGAAACCCUUAUAGAUGGAGUGUUCUCCAAGUCUCCUCUCUCGACUCUCAUUUUAUUUUCAUCGUUGCAUCUCUUCUCCU